GCCUUUAACAAAGAAGAAAACUGGAGAAAGAUGCAGAGCAGCAGGAAGAGGAGGGCAUCUGACAGAUAAAACGAGGGAGCUCUGCAGCAGGAUCCCUACAGUGCUGUACACAGAACUGCGUGACUGGUCUCUGCAAGCAGAGGGAGGAGAGAGGAGAGAAGGGAGGAAGGUAGGAGAGAAAGAAAGGGGGAGGGGAGGCAAUUCAGUGCAGUGCUAGCAGACUGGAUGAGUAGCAGCCGCGGCAUAAGAAGCAACAUCAGCACCACUAGCUGUAGCAUCUUUCUUUGUGGCUGCUGGAGGCUGUCUUGUGGCUGCUCUACCAUCAACAGCCACAAGACAUACACACACACACACACACACAAAAAUAUUUGGACACAGACGCUCCUCGUGCUUGCAUCAUACACACACAUGUCGUGGUGGCCACCAGAGAAGAGGUAGUAAGUGACGGGGCUCGGGGGACAGAGGGACACAGGAAGAGGAAACCGGGACGACUGGUGGUAGUGCAAACAGGAGGAGGGCUGGAGCGACCGUGACUGGAGCAGCAGCAACAGUAGCAGCGGCACCAUGGCGCAAGCCGCCAAGCAGCUCCGCAAGACCAAGGACCUUGCGGAGGCCGCCGCCCAGGAGCAGAGGGAGAAGGAGGAGGAAAAGAUAAAAAAGAGGAAUCGAUCCAGGGACCGCAGGCGCAAGGCCGAUGCAGCCACCAGCUUUCUGCGCGCAGCUCGUUCAGGGAACCUGGACAAGGCGCUCGAUCACAUCAAGAAUGGAAUCGACAUCAACACAGCUAAUCAAAAUGGUCUUAACGGGUUACACCUCGCCUCUAAAGAAGGCCACGUCAAAAUGGUCUUGGAAUUACUCCAUUCUGGCAUUGAGCUGGAAGCAACUACAAAGAAAGGGAACACUGCUCUCCAUAUCGCAGCGCUGGCAGGGCAGGAGAAGGUGGUGGCUGAGCUCGUCAACUAUGGUGCCAAUGUUAAUGCCCAGUCACAUAAAGGGUUCAGUCCUCUCUACAUGGCAGCACAGGAGAACCAUUUAGAAGUGGUCAAAUUUCUGCUUGAAAAUGGUGCCAAUCAAAGUCUCCCAACUGAGGAUGGCUUCACUCCCCUUGCAGUGGCCCUACAGCAGGGCCACGAAAACGUAGUGGCACUGCUCAUCAACUAUGGCACCAAGGGCAAAGUCCGCCUCCCUGCCCUGCACAUUGCUGCAAGAAACGAUGACACGCGCACUGCUGCAGUUCUCCUGCAGAACGACCCCAACCCUGAUGUUCUUAGCAAGACUGGUUUCACACCUCUGCAUAUUGCAGCUCACUAUGAAAAUAUGAGUGUAGCCCAGCUGCUGCUGAACAGAGGAGCGAAUGUAAACUUUACCCCCAAGAAUGGCAUCACACCCCUUCAUAUAGCCUCUAGGAGGGGCAACGUAAUGAUGGUCAGACUAUUGCUGGACAGAGGAGCACAGAUUGAUGCCAAAACUAAGGAUGAGCUGACUCCUCUCCACUGUGCAGCUAGGAAUGGUCAUGUUCGCAUUAUUGAGAUCCUGCUAGAACACGGUGCUCCCAUCCAGGCUAAAACCAAGAACGGUCUAUCCCCCAUCCACAUGGCAGCUCAGGGGGAUCACAUGGACUGUGUCAGGCAGCUACUCCAGUACAAUGCUGAGAUUGAUGAUAUCACACUCGACCAUUUAACUCCUCUUCAUGUAGCAGCCCACUGCGGUCACCAUCGCAUGGCCAAAGUUCUCCUGGACAAGGGGGCCAAAGCCAAUGCACGGGCUCUUAAUGGCUUCACACCUUUGCAUAUUGCUUGCAAGAAGAACCACAUGCGGUCUAUGGACCUGCUGCUUAAGCACUCUGCUUCCUUAGAGGCUGUCACAGAGUCUGGUCUCACUCCUCUUCAUGUAGCAGCUUUCAUGGGGCAUCUGAACAUAGUGAAAAACCUGCUCCAAAGAGGGGCUUCACCCAAUGCUUCCAAUGUGAAAGUGGAGACUCCUCUUCAUAUGGCCUCCAGAGCAGGACACUGUGAAGUUGCUCAGUUCCUGCUCCAGAACUCAGCACAAGUGGAUGCCAAGGCUAAGGAUGACCAGACACCUUUACACUGUGCAGCCCGUAUGGGCCACAAGGAGCUUGUCAAGCUGCUCCUUGAGCACAAGGCCAGCCCUGACUCAGCUACAACUGCAGGUCACACACCUUUACACAUUGCAGCACGUGAAGGACAUGUCCAGACUAUUCGAAUAUUAUUGGAUGCUGGAGCGGAGCAAAUAAAGAUGACAAAGAAAGGUUUCACUCCCCUCCACGUGGCCUCCAAAUAUGGAAAGGUAGAUGUGGCUGAACUCCUUCUGGAAAGAGGAGCAAACCCAAAUGCAGCUGGGAAGAAUGGUCUGACACCCCUUCAUGUGGCCGUCCAUCACAACAACCUGGAUGUUGUUAGACUCCUGGUCAGCAAGGGAGGAUCUGCACACAGCACUGCCCGAAAUGGAUACACUCCCCUUCACAUAGCAGCCAAGCAGAACCAGAUGGAGGUGGCCAGCUGUCUUCUUCAGAAUGGGGCAUCGCCCAAUUCUGAGUCCCUCCAAGGCAUCACGCCCCUACACCUGGCUUCACAGGAGGGACGGCCUGACAUGGUGGCUCUGCUCAUUUCCAAACAGGCCAACGUAAAUCUUGGAAACAAGAAUGGACUGACUCCUCUGCAUCUUGUGGCCCAGGAGGGUCAUGUGGGCAUCGCAGACACUUUGGUCAAACAGGGGGCAUCUGUUUAUGCUGCUUCACGUAUGGGCUACACACCCCUUCACGUGGCCUGUCAUUAUGGCAACAUCAAGAUGGUGAAGUUCCUUCUGCAGCAGCAAGCUCAUGUGAACGCCAAGACAAGGAUGGGCUACACCCCUCUGCACCAGGCAGCCCAGCAGGGCCACACAGAUAUUGUCACACUCUUGCUGAAACAUGGAGCCCAACCCAAUGAGAUCACCUCGAACGGCACGUCUCCCCUGGGCAUUGCUAAGAGGCUGGGUUACAUCUCUGUCAUCGAUGUGCUCAAGCUGGUAACCGAGGAGUCCGUUUCUGCGAUCACGACAGAGAAGCAUCGGAUGAGUUUCCCCGAAACUGUAGAUGAGAUUUUGGAUGUUUCAGAGGAUGAAGGGGUUGCCCAGCUAACGUUAGGAGACGAGUUGCUGGGGAUGGACGGAGCUCGCUAUUUGAAGCUUGAUGAUUUUAAGGACCAGGAUGAUGACUUUCUCUCCCCAAAGAAGACCCUCAGAGACUUUGAGGGCGGCAUGGGCACCACUCCAUAUUCUCCUGCUAUUCCCAGGAUCCCCUGUGUGUCACCAGAGACAGUUAUGCUGGAUCAGCACACCCCCGUCCCUUUGCCAAAAGAAUAUGAUGAAGAUUCUCUUAUCCCAAGCAGUCCAGCUACUGAGACUUCAGACAAUGUCAGCCCUGUAGCCAGCCCUAUUCACACUGGCUUCCUGGUGAGUUUCAUGGUGGAUGCUCGAGGGGGCUCCAUGCGAGGCAGCAGGCACCAUGGACUACGAGUGAUCAUCCCUCCCCGAACCUGCGCUGCACCGACGCGCAUCACUUGCCGUCUCGUUAAACCCCAGAAACUGACCACGCCUCCUCCACUAGUGGAGGGCGAGGGCCUCGCUAGCCGGAUCAUCUCCCUGGGGCCGUCCAGUAUGCAGUUCCUUGGACCAGUGAUAGUAGAAAUCCCUCACUUUGCCUCACUGGGACGAGGAGACAGAGAGCUUGUGGUGCUCCGCAGUGAGAACGGCUCGGUCUGGAAGGAACAUCGUAAUCGCUAUGGCGACGAAGUACUGGAAACUAUUCUGAAUGGCAUGGAUGAAGACUUGGAGAGCCAAGAGGAGCUGGAGAAGAAGAGAAUCCGUCGAAUGAUCUCCACUGACUUCCCCCUCUACUUUGCAGUAGUGUCUCGCAUACAGCAGGAGAGUGAUCUCAUUGGUCCAGAGGGCGGUCGGCUGACCAGUAAGCUGGUCCCCCAAGUUGAAGCCAUCUUCCCUGAGACUGCUGUCACCAAAAGAGUGAGGCUGGGACUGCAGGCACAACCAAUCCCUGAUGAACUGCUGACCAGGCAGCUUGGUAACCAGGCCACCUUCAGCCCAGUGGUUACCAUCGAACCUCGGCGACGCAAAUUUCACCGUCCAAUCGGAUUGCGGAUUCCUUUACCACCGUCGUGGAGGGAGAGCCCUCGUGAUGCUGGCGAGGGUGAUACCACCAGCUUGCGUCUUCUCUGCAGUGUCAUUGGUGGAACAGCACCAGCUCAGUGGGAGGACAUCACUGGAACCACCAAGCUGAUGUACGCCAACAACUGUGCCAAUUUUACCACCAAUGUGUCUGCAAGAUUCUGGCUGGCAGACUGUCCACGUACGGCGGAGGUGGUCACCUUUGCCAACCUGCUGUACAGGGAGCUAAUGGCAGUCCCAUAUAUGGCCAAGUUUGUUAUUUUUGCAAAGAUGAAUGAGGCACGUGAGGGACGCCUGCGUUGUUACUGCAUGACAGAUGACAAGAUGGACAAAACUCUGGAGCUGCACGAAAACUUCACCGAGGUGGCCCGUAGUCGAGACAUUGAGCUAAUGGAGGGCAUGCCUCUCUACCUGGAGUGUUCCGGGAACUUGGUGCCCAUUCGGAAGGCCACUCAGCAGCCUCGUAGCUUCAGCUUCCAGGCCUUCCGAGAUAACAGACUGCCUGUCUCUGUCAAGGUCAGAGACAGUAACAAGGAUGCCUCCGGGUUUUUGUCUUUUCUGCGGAAAUGCACCAAGUAUGAGGACACACAACACGUACUGUGUAACCUUAAUAUAACCAUGCCACCUUGUGUCAAGGUUGUUGGAAGUGAGGAGCGCAGACGAACUUUAACCCCUCUUGCUUUGAGAGAACGCUACAGUGCACUGAACGAGCCCAGCGUGGCCACAGUGAAUGCCAUGGAGAGGACUGAGCUCAAAAUCAACAUCAUAUCCGAACAGCUGGGUUUAAGCUGGGCAGAGUUAGCACGAGAGCUUCAGUUUGGUGUGGACGACAUCAAUAGGAUCCGUGUGGAGAAUCCAAACUCCUUGCUGGACCAGAGCUCUGCCCUGCUCAACCUGUGGGCCAGCAGAGAGGGCAAAAGGGCCAAGAUGGAGAGCCUCUACUUUGCUCUGAAGAACAUCGAUCGUGCAGAUAUUGUAACCUCUUUGGAGGGUCAGGCUCCGCAACCAGCACCUGGUUCUUCAGAGGAGGGCGCCUGUCGGCUUGGUGACCGCGACUCCACUCUGUUGUCCCCCAGUGUCAUUAAUGGUUAUGGGCUGGUGCAGGAGGAGCUUCUGUCCCCGGCCUCCAUGCAGUACAGCUUGCCAUCUCCACUGGGCGUGGAGCCCUACUGGCAAGAGGUCUCCAGCCUCGAGUGCGCCCCCAUUGCCACCACAGAGGAAGAUACAUUAAUGGAGAUGUCGGACGUUCAGGUGUGGCCAGCAGGGGUCAGCCCCUCUCUGGUUACAGUGGAGGACUCAUCACUAGAGGGAAGCAGUCGGGCUGACGACUCAGAGGGCGCCACACUCUCCUUACCCUGCAGCUUGGGUCGCCCAAGCAGUGGAGCCAGCGGGGCCAGCGGCUCCAUCAUGGAGCUGGAGGAAGAGGAGGAGGAGGAGGAGGAAGGGGAGGUUGAGGAGGAGGAGGCACCACAGGAGCCAGCAAGUGCACUGGCGGAAAGGGACAGGGUGAGAGCCAGUGGUGCCGUUCCCAAGGUCAAUCUAAAUGGCCAGCUGGGAGGUCAGAGGUCGGACGUGAGGAGAGUGGAGAGUGUGGCUGUAGGAGGAGGAACAAAAGGAGGAGGUGGAAUGGUAGGGCUGGGCUCAGUGGAAGGGAUUUCUGUUGUUUCAGGCCAACAGGUGUACUCCCAGAGGUGUGAGAUAACGGGGCUGGGUCGAGCUACAGAGCACAACGGAGACAACCGGAUGGUGGGAGGAGGAGCAUUUCAACCCUACAUGCCAGACAAGGACUCCCUACAAGGCUGGGUGGGCUCGGUGUCAUCAACGCGUGACGGCAACGUGCCAGGCUUGCACGUGGCCCAGGAGGCUCUGCUGACUCCGAGAGAGGAGAAGGAGGAGUAUGUUGCUGAGACACAGUUUGUUGAAGAACGUGGAAAUGCACUUGCUAGAAAGGUGGCGGUGGAUGUGAGAAAGGGCGCUCAGUCAGUGCAGCGCAGCAGUCUGCGGAGAGUUAAACACUGAAAUACACUUUCUGCCCAUCCCUUCAGGACCGGAAAGCCACUGCCAAACCAUCCUCCACGAAAACACGACCGGACCGCAGAGGAAAAUGAGCAUGGAGGAAGUGCAGACUAUUUAAAAAAACAAAAAAACAAACAGAAUCAUCCUCAACCUGUGACCAUGGAGCACCACAAAACAAAAUAGAAGAGGAGAAAAAAAAACAGGAAUUAAACUUGUAGUUUUAUAAUAUUUGUAAAAAAAAAAAUCAACUAGACUAAGGCAUGACGAUACCGUUUCUUUUUCUUUUUUAUACAAAAAAACAUAAAUGUUAGUUAAACAACUAAGAAAAAAAAAAGCAACAAAGUGCUUCCUGUGAACUGUAAUCGCAUGAUGACUGCUGGUGCAUGCCCUUUUGAACUGUCAUUAUCUACAAACUGAAGGGGUACAAGGUACGGGGGCGGACCCACAUAAGGGUUACAGGCUUUUUUUAAGGGCCUUCUUUCCCCCAACUGGAGUGGUUUGUUUCAGCAAGUUGAGUCUAAUAACACUACAGCCAAAAAAAAGAAGUCCCUCAAUGGAUGGUUCUCUAUACAGCUAAGCCUCUGCUGAGCCUCCCAACGCUUCUUUCACUGGACCCUUUGCCCUGUUAUUCUAAAUGUGAUAUAUGCACUCUAUGCUACGUGGACAUGUGUCAGUGUGUGUAUGUGUGUGUGCGUGUAUUUUUCUCUACCGCAUGUGUUUCUUGCUUCCGGCUUGGCGCUGAGCCCUUCCCCAUGAUUGGCUUGUUGUCCCUGUAAUGUCACGGCGUGCUCAGCGCUGGAAUGAGAAAGCCGCCGUGCUGCCCUGCUCGUGACUUCUUGUCCGCGUGCGUUUUUUUACAUUUUUAAUUUUUUUUCCUUUGUGGAUGAAGAUCGCUCCUCAUUGUUUCUUUGGGACUCGUCCACUUUGGGUUUCAGCUUUGUUUGACUGCGGAUGAGAAAUGAACCUCUAGCUCCCCUCGUGUUUUCAGGGGGAAUGUUUUCAGACAGCGGGAAUGUUUUCUUUGGAAAAAGCGUGGGUGCUCGAUUGCAUUGUACAGGAGCUCUGAGGGCACAAAGCUUGACUUUCUAUUCCCUCAAGCUUUUCUGUGCUCUUCCAUUGCUUUUUUUGUUUUCUUUUUUUUCCCCAGUAGCGUACUUUACCUUCACCCAUAAUCUAUCAGUAGCCUCAGUCUAUAUGCAGUCAAAUCACAGUCCUCUCCCAUCAGCAUCUAAAGGUCCUCCAAACCCUCUGUGCUCCCUCUUUUAUCUGCUUGCAGUGGCUGUAGCGCAUCACUGUUGAAUUUUUGAGUCAAUAUUUCAAAUUGUGGUGAAGAAAACAUGAAGGAUCUCAUUCGUGUGACGAUGCCGUGAUUUGAGGAUUUCUAAGCGAGAGUGAAAUGGCAGACAGGUAGCACUGUGAUCGUCUUAUUAACACUGACCCCAGACUCGUGAACUGUCAAGACCCACAUUCAUAUAUAGCACAGGCAAAAGCACAGAAACAUAUAUGAACACAUUUCCAGAAACACACAAACAUAGAUCACACGGUUAAAUAAUUAUUGCCUGGUCAGUGUUGUUGUUGUUGUUUUUUUCUUGUUUUCUUUGGAGUUUGCCACAGCAAUAAUACACAGAAACAAAAAAAAACAUGAAGAUGGAACGGCAACUGUAAAAGACUGGUUUCCUCAGAGAAGACACAAACUGUAUCUGGAUGAACAGCAUUUGGCAUUGAAGCUCGCCCUUGAAGUGAGUGAGUCAGGACGUACUGAUGCAAGAUGAGAUGACUCAGCUGUAGCAGUGCGAGACCUUGGAGGCCGGAGAGUGUUUGUGUUUCAGCACUUAACGUAGCAAAAUAUAAACCAGGAUAUCUUCAUUUAAUAUCUGUUAAGAAGCUUGCUGCUGCCAUGAGGCGGAAUCCACCGAACUCUGUUUUCCUUCUUUUUUUCCCUGGAUAAUUCAACUUGUGUUUCUGUAAAUCAUCAGCUCAUCACCUCUGAAACACUUUAUGCAGAAACUGGUUGGCAGCAGCAUGAAGGAGUUACAUCAUAGUAGCACGCAUUUCCUUAAAAUCACCUAUAUCUCCCAUAAGUACUGUAAAUGCUACUGUAGCCUGAAUGAGUGAGACCGGAUGAAUGAACACAUUGGUUAUACAUCACGCAAAUGCACUUACUUUCCACGCCCAGUCCAUGCACGAGAACCUCAUGGGAUAAUAGCACGUUUUCCACUGUUACUUCACUCAGGUUUUCAGUUCUGCUCUAUCAGAAAGAACAAAAGAUGUUUGUUUCUAAGUUCUGAGUCAUCCUCUCAAAGACAAAUGUGGGACACAAGUGAGCGAUUUAGAGUUUUCUGUUGGGGCUGUUUGAGGUGGGAUGGUGAUGCGUGGGCUUUUUUUGGUUUGGUUUUUUACUUUUUCUUGGUGGAGCAGGGUGGUUUGGUGCAAGUGUGUGUGUAGUUUAGUUGUGUGAUUCACAUUAGACCAAAAAACACUGAGUGUGUGGUCAGUGCCAGCAUGUCUACUUAACCUCGCUGGUGCGCUGCUCCUGCUGUGACACCACUGUUGGUUAUUUUUGUCUUUACUCAUUUUUUGUUUGUUGGUUGGUUGUUUUUUUGUCACAGAUUGGAAAAAAAAAAAGCCAAAUAAAUUUUGUUGAAGCACAGGCAAAAGAUUUUCCUUUCACCAGAUAAAUAUAAAACAAUUAUCUUCUCAUAUGUAUACCUUCAAUUGUCGAUGCACGUUAUUGUGUAAUCUUACCUAAUCGGCCAUUAUGCUGAAGAUAAAGUCAACAAAUGACAAACAAGACGCCCACUCGACUUCACAGCUCCCACAAUCACUCUGUUAGUCUUUAAGACUUUUACUGUAUCAGCACAAGAAUGGGGGUUGGAUCCAGAUGUUUUAUUUCUGUGUUGAGGUUUUAAUCCUUAAGAUUAAUACUCUAAAAAAUGUAUUUUGAUGCUGUUAAAGGUCAGAGGUUUUUCAAUUUGCAUCCCUUAGUAGAUUAGUUUUAUUAUCAGCAGCAAGAAACUGGUUCAUGAAAAAACUGUGUGACCGUAGUGGAUGUAAAAUGGUGGAUGCAUGCAACAGUCCUAAAGUUUAGUGCUAAUCCCAUGAUUUUGUUGGAGCUCUGAUUGAACUGUUGCUUUUCUUUUGUAUGUGAAGAAACUUUGGAAAAAUGUUUGCACUUAAUUGAUAUACUAUAUUUUUGAAGUGACUGCAAAUCUGGUCACUGACAUUUUAUAAAAGAAAUUGGCCAUAGCUCCCAUAAUCUCACAGUAUGUCUCACCCACUGAUUUGUAGAGACCCACUUUGAAGCUUCAAUUUCAGCAUUUUGGUUGUUAAUUUGUGUUUCCUUGGAACCAGAUGGCACAAGCAAGGUUUGGAUCUGGCAGGAAAAACCAAGGGACACUGCACACGUUAUCGUUUAUUUAUUUAUCCACAAUCUGUCUGGUUUGCAGUGUGUAAUUAGAGUUAGGUUAAUUGGUGAUUCUAAAUUACCCAUGACUGUAAGUGCAAAUGAUUGUUUGUCUCUAUGAAAUCAUCAACCCCCAUAUUGGUUCAUUAAGCAAGACUAGCAGUAAUUGCCUUCACUAACAAAGUAGUUGUUCAAACAACAAGAUUUCAUUGUGUUUUCCUAAAGUUUUUAACUUGUGUAGCAUGAAUUAAAACAAAUUUCACUCUACAAAUUUAAAUAAAUCACUUCAAGUCAAUGUAAGUAUACUACGUUGAUCCAACGUAAUCUGAUUACAUUAAACCACCAAAUGCCAAAUGUGUUGGUUUGACAUGGUCAAAAAUGGGUUAUUGUACUUGGUUAAAUCACAUGGAAAUAGGUGCCAUGAUUAAAAUGUGUUCAUCCCACAACAGAUUUUUUUGAGUGUAGUCAGUACUCUUAAAACAUGCUUACUUCCCCCAGAGGCAUCAGCCAAGACUAAAAUCUUAAGGAUCAUAACUUUGACUUUAAGGAGCUGUCUUCCUGCUUAACUUCCUGCUUAGUCACAUUUGAAAUCCUGAAAAAAAAAAGUCUCCACAAAGCAAAAUGAUGUAUGAAGUAGUUUAAUUAUGUUUCCAUACAUAGAUCAUUUGGAUUUGCCGUCUGAAUUAAACUUGUCUGUGAUCCUG